GUAAUUUUGAGCGUAUUUUAAUUAAAUCUCAUUGUUUGUCUGGAGUACAGUGAAUGCCCUCCUCUCCGUUACAACCGUUGAACAACGGGGAGGAAACAACAGCAGACUGGUGUGUUUACGGUGUUUUGGAGCCCGAGGCUUCGUCCGGGCUCGGUGUUGGUUUAUUUUCGUGUCGGUCUGAGUUGGACAUUUAACGGAAAUUAAAAAAAAAAGAAAGCUAAAAUGUGAGCAUAAGUCAGGACUGAAGGCUGUUUGUCGCCGGAGGAAUGAUGGAUCCAGCAGAGGAGCUGAAGCAGAUCGCCACAUGGUUCAGUGAGGAGGGUCUUUCUCCUGAUGCCCCCAAAGAGGCUCAGCUGUGUUUGCUAUGGCGUUCCCUCCAGUACACAAGAAGCCUCCUGAGCAAUGUGACAAAGGAGCUGGAAACCCACCGCUCGCAGCACCUAGCAGAAAUGGCAGAGGUUCGCAAGUCGCUGGAGCAGAUCCGAAUCUUUACGGAGCACAAAGACGUUUUGGCUCAGGAGAUACAAGACGAGAACGAUCGGCUCAAGGAGCAGCUGCGGCGCCUGAUAUCACUUCAAGAUGCCCAGAUAAGCGAGGUGGCUAAAAUGCUGUACCAGCAGGGUCUGACAGAGUUAAUUCACAGCAGCCCCAGUGAGCAGGUGGCCUACCUAUUAGUGGAGAGGGCUUCCCUUCUGGAGACCAGCGAGGGUCCUGAGAAGCUGCCGGGUGACGGAAACACAACCAGCCAGCUGGGAACAGAAGCACAAAUGCUGAACACCAGCGUACGCCAGUCUACCCACAAGGGGGCGCCACGACACGGGCAGAGCGCAUGGAAGAGACUCUUAGGGCUCCACAAGGCUUCACAAUGCAAACACUCGUUCAUUCCUGCUGAGGCCAGGCAUUUGGCUGGCCAGGCAGGCAGUUUGGAGAGGCAGUGUUCCCGUCUGGAGAGGGACCUGGAGGAGGGCUCCCGCCGGCUGGCCAUGGCCCACAACGAGAUCCGGCGCUUGACUGAUGAGCUGGAGUCUGCUCAUUUGACCCAAAGAACGUACGAGCCUGAGCUGGAGUCGGCACAGCAGGAGGUGGAGCAGCUCAGAAAAGAAGUAGAAAAACUGAAGAAAUAUGAAAUGGUGGAACUGAGAAAAGCCAAAGAGCUGAAUGAUCGUCUGGACCUUGAGAUCAGGGCCUUGAGGAACAGAGUACGCUCCCUGGAUGCUGAGAAAAGCUCCCUGCAGCAGACGGUUGAAUCUCUGCAGGAGGAGGUGAAGCGGCUGGGGUCGGCCCUGCAGGAGAAGCAGCAGCAGCUCAUCACUGUGCAGGUUGAGGCGGACCAAGCUAAUGAGUUAGCUAAAUCCAGGGCAGCUGAGCUGAUUCAGAGCGAUCACACCUGCAGAGAUUUACAAAACAAACUCGGUGCUCAUGUGAGAUCCCUUUUGGAGAAGGAGUCAGAAAUACGUUCCCUUCGACAGCAGCUGGGCGAUGCUAAAAACUGCACCGAAGAAAACAACCUCCAGGAUCAAAAGCUAUUGAAGCAUAAAAAGGCAGUUUCACAUCCUUGUGAAAACGCUCACUGUCAGCCGCAAGACUCCUUUUCGACAGAAGAUAAAGAGCUACAGACACAGCUGUGCAAAGAAGACACACUAAAUAAGGAGUGUCCUGAUUAUGAAGAUGUAAUGAAGAGUCUGUUGUCCACCCAAGAGGAGUGUGAGACUCUAAAGAAGGAGAUCUGUGAAACUCUGAAAUGCCUCGACAAAGAACGAAGUAAAUACCAUGAAAUGAAGGAAAAACAUAAAGCAAAGCUGUGUCGAGCCAAGCAGAAAUUUGACGAUGAAACCACGUGGCGCGAUGAGAAGAUAAAAAGUCUGGAGAGAGAAUUGUCCUUGUGUUCCCAUUCAGUAACGAAGGAGAAAGAGCUCGUCAUGAGCAUGACUGUUGAAAAUGAGAAACUACUUUCUGAGAGGAGGAGACUUCUACAGCAGCUAAAUGAGGAGGAGCACCACAAGAAGGACAGUAAUCUAACAGCUUCUUUGUCCAAAUGCAGGGUGGAUUUUUUAGAGAUGGAAAACAAGAAACUGGAAAACAAAAUAUUCCACAUGUCCAACCAGCUAGCUGUACUGGAACGCAGCCUGCAGAACAUUCACUCGCUUCAGUUUGCUGAGGAACUAAAGAAAAUAUCAAAUCACCUCCAGGUUUUUAAAUCUCUGCCUGUGCACACUUCAAGUGCGACGCCACUGGAGCCGUCUGAAAUUCAGAGCUCAUUGGACAGUAGCGGUCCCACCAAGCAGACAGAUGCGACUCCUUCCCCUCACUGUUGGACCUCUGGGCCUUUCCGAUCAGCAGAGAUGGGCUACCUGAACCUGACCUCCACACAGAGCGGCCCCGACCAGCCAGCUCCUCCAGCCGCCCUCAGCAGCUCUGAGAAUACACAUGCCUGAGGUUUUCAAUCUGCAACCUGAAUAUACUGUACAGAAAAUACUUUAUUUCUAAGUUAAAUUAAUAAACAACAGAACUGAAUUAAA